UCAUACUUCGACACUUCAUCCAUCACCACUCUUCUACCAUCAACGCACACACCUUGCGUGUUCUUCCACUCUCCCAACACAUCUUCAUCACACAUCACAAUGACUGGACGCGGCAAGGGCGGCAAGGGUCUCGGCAAGGGCGGUGCCAAGCGCCACCGCAAGAUUCUUCGUGACAACAUCCAGGGUAUCACCAAGCCCGCCAUCCGACGUCUCGCUCGUCGAGGUGGUGUCAAGCGUAUCUCUGCCAUGAUCUACGAGGAGACCCGUGGUGUCCUGAAGACCUUCCUCGAGGGUGUCAUCCGUGACGCCGUCACCUACACCGAGCACGCCAAGCGAAAGACCGUCACCUCGCUCGACGUUGUCUACGCCCUCAAGCGACAAGGCCGCACCCUCUACGGCUUUGGUGGCUAA